UCUGAAAAGGAAGUGAAGAGUUCAAGGACAUUUCAGACAAGAACAUUCACUUUCAGCAGGUGUUGUUCGAUCUCUGACUGUUCACUUCUUUCGGUUUUGCUGACUAUAUGACACACACCUUCCAUCAUGGCAUAUAAUAUUGCAGCAGUGACAGCCAGGAAAAUAUUUUCGAGUAACUCUUCGAAAUUUGCUCAGAGCUGCUAUGUCAUCACUCGCGGCUCUUCAUCGGAUGGUCCUCAGGAACCAAAGAAAGAGCUUAUUAAUCAUUCUCGUGUCAGAGGCAUUGAUAUUCUAAGAAACCCCAAACUCAACAAGGGAACAGCUUUCACUUUGAAAGAGCGCCAACUGAUGGGAAUUCAUGGCUUGGUGCCACCAACAGUCCGCUCAGUGGAAGAGCAGACGAUCCGUGUCCUCACUAACUUUUCUAAGCGCAGCAGCGAUUUAGAUCGCUUUAUUUACCUCAUGGCCCUGCAAGACAGAAAUGAGAAGCUGUUUUACAAAGUCUUGUGUGAGAAUGUGGAGGAGAUGAUGCCCAUUGUGUACACCCCUACCGUUGGACAAGCGUGUCAACAGUAUGGCGUUGUGUUCCGUAGACCCAGAGGUCUCUUCAUUUCGAUCAAGGAUAAGGGGCACAUCUAUGAGAUCCUCUGCAACUGGCCAGAGAGGAAUGUUAAGGCAAUUGUUGUGACAGACGGAGAGAGGAUCCUCGGCUUGGGUGACCUGGGAGCGUAUGGUAUGGGUAUCCCUGUGGGCAAGCUGUCCCUGUACACAGCACUGGGUGGCAUCCACCCAGCCAAGUGCCUGCCCAUCCUCCUGGACGUCGGCACCAACAAUGAGAAACUUCACGAGGAUCCUCUGUACAUUGGCCACUGUGAGCCAAGAGUCACAGGACAGGAAUACGAUGACUUCAUAGAUGAGUUCAUGCAAGCAGUAGCAAAAAGAUAUGGCUACAGUUGUCUGGUUCAAUUCGAAGAUUUUGGAAACCACAAUGCUUUCCGCUUUUUGGAGAAGUACAGGGAUGUUUACUGCACCUUCAAUGAUGACAUCCAAGGUACUGCUGCCGUGGCUGCUGCUGGUGUGUUCGCUAGCCUGAGGAUCACCAAAACCAAGCUGACAGACAACAAGUUUUUGUUCCAGGGGGCAGGAGAAGCAAACAUCGGGAUUGCUGAACUUUUGACUCUGGCCAUGAUAGAGGAGGGAGCAACAGAACAAGAAGCGAGAAGCAAGAUCUGGAUGGUUGACUCAAGAGGACUCAUUACUAAAGGUCGCCCAUCUGGAGGAAUCAGUGGUCACAAGAAAGAAUUUGCCAAAGAUUACAAACACAUGGACAAUCUGGAGGAGAUUGUUGAAGAUUUGAAGCCGUCUGUUCUCAUUGGUGCUGCCGCCAUAGCUGGAGCGUUCACGGAGAAAGUGAUCCUGUCUAUGGCAGCUCACAACGAGAGACCCGUCAUCUUUGCCCUCAGCAACCCAACCAGCAAGGCCGAGUGCUCGGCAGAAGAGGCAUAUACCCUCACAGAGGGCCGCUGUGUGUUUGCCAGUGGGAGUCCCUUCCCUGCCUGCACUGUGAACGGAAAGACCUUCUACCCUGGUCAGGGCAAUAACGCCUACAUCUUCCCGGGGGUUGCCUUGGGCGUCAUCACAUGUGGGGUCAGACAUAUCGAAGAUAAAAUCUUCCUGCAUGCUGCUCAGUGUCUUUCUAAGCUGGUCACAGAUGAGAACUUAGCAGAAGGCAGAUUGUACCCACCACUGAAUCAGAUCCAGGAGGUCUCGCUCAAAAUUGCCACAGAACUGGCAGAGUUUGUGUAUCGCACCGGCGCAGCUUCUGCCUAUCCGGAGCCCAAGGACAAAGAGGCGUACAUCCGCUCCUUCCUGUACGACACAAACUACGAACAGUUUGUGCCGGACACUUGGGAGUGGCCUGAGACCAAGUAGAUCUCACUGUGUGUGUAGAGUGUAGAUUUCUUGCGUGUUGAUGUGCUCAUCGCUCGUGUCCUGACACAGCCAAGUUUUAUCAUUUUUGUAGUGUAAUGUGUGUGGUGUUUGAUGAGGGGCAGAGAGAGAGAGAGGGGGUCAUUUUGUUGGAUACCAGAUGUUGAUUUUAAGUUUAAGAUUGAGUUGCACUGUUGGGUGAUGUGAAAGUUUUAAGGUGUCUUUUUUUUCACCAUUGCUAUUUUAAGUUUUAUGCUUUUAUCAACCCAUGCUUUGCUGUACUUUAGUAUGAUCAAUUUCUAUUUUACUCUGUUUUGUAUUUUUUAUGCGUCGAGGUGCUCAGUAGAAGGUUUAUAAAUUGUGGGCAAAAAUGUAACUUAAGAUAUUAUGGUAGAAAUAUUUGAAGAACUUCUGAACAUUUACAAAAAUGUCUGAUGACUUUUGGCAUUCCGUGCAUUUUUGUUUUGUUUUGAAGAGAAGUUGAUAUUUAUAGUAUGAGGAAAGCUGAGAGUUUUGUGCCAUCAAAUUAGAGGAUAGAUAGCUUUUUAUACAUAUGAUGUUUCUUAGUGACUUCGGAGACAUGGGCCAUGUGUUGUCUCCAGUGCUUCUGCUUAUUGUGUUAUUUAUAUCCUCAUAACAAUAAUUCAAGAGGAAGUUUCUGCUUAUAUUAUAUGAGUAGUGUGACAGUGUGUGGGUUUAUAUAUAUGUAUAUAUAUAUAUACCCUGGAGUUUUUUCUUGUGUAUUGGUUCUUCUUUUCAUGUUUGCCGUGAAUUAUUUUUUGAUGAAAACAACAACAAAACAGAGUGACAGCUAAUGGCAAGAUGUAUACCAAAGAAAAGUGAUGCAUAUAUCCUCUAUGUUAGCUUAUGUCUGCAGAUGUAGAGAUGGAAAUGGGACAUGCCUGUGAUCCAGAGCAAUAAGGGAAUAUCUGUAUAGUAUAAGGUUGGUACGGAAGUCUGCCUGCCUUGCUAGGCAUUCAUGGUCAAACGAGUUGUAAGGAUGUGUGCUGAUAAUUUUGUACAUGUUUGUAGCUUGAUUGUAAUUGUAAUGAGCGUAUUCAAAAAGUGCAAUGGAAUAUUUGGCUUAAAUAUUCUCAGUUGCCUAGAUAAGAUCACUUGUACUUUUUAUAUAUAUUUUUCACUUUGGGUAUUCUUUUUGUGUAAUCUUUUAACUGCCUGCUUUUGCACGUUUGCUUUGUUUGGAAUAGGCACUUGUAGAAUAUGAUUCUGUGGACAAGGUUUCCAAAUGCUUUAGUUGAUUGUAAUUUUUGGGUUAUAUAAGCAUUAUAUAUAAAGGUCAUCUGACCAUGCCAAAUUAGUUCUAAUGGAUCACUUGCGAAGAAUCUCAAAGCUGAAAAACUUAUAUGUCUUUUCACUACAUUGUACUCAUGAAGUUGUACAAAGUUUACAACAUCAAUUGCUUCGAACUUUUACGAACAUUUAUAAAUUGAGAUGUUGCCUAUAUGUCGCACUUCUCAUAUCAGGACUUGGAUAUCAAUAUCACAGACGACAUAGAAGGCAGAUAGUAUGGGAAAGUGGGUGGAAGUUAUAUAAGAGCAUAAGAUGAGAAUCUUAGCUCGUUUCUUUUUUUUAAUUCUUUUUUUUUUGGUGGUGUUUUUUGUACAUUAUCUCCACAGUGCUGUGCACCCUGCUUGUACUUUGUUUUGUCACAAUUUGUAUUUUAACAUGCUAUUUAUGUGUUGUACUGUAUUUAUGUCUGUGUCUUAUCCUAUAAGUCAAUAUCUGUGCUCUGUAGAUGCUGUGUUGAUGAAGGCAGAAUACAAUUUUUUUCCCCCUGUAGUUGGAAACAAUCCUCAGGUAAAGUUUUUGUCUUGGACAAUCCCCAGUCCUGUUGCUAUCGCCUGUUUUCUGCGAUACUUUUGAUAAGUCGCUAGUAAAUAUUUUCCCCAUGCCCCCACAUCGUGGACAUUUUCUGUCAAGAUGAUGGAGCACUAGAUUUUAUUUCUCUCUUGUCAAAAACUUUUGGGUUGCUUUCAUAUAUGGUCAAGAGGCUACCACUAACCCUUUUCCCUUUGAAUCUUGGGGAAGGACAAAAAAAGACUGAUGGGUAUUUAUUUUGAUAUGUUAAGAUGUAUUACAAGUGAAUUCUAAAGCCCCCCCCUGGAAUAUCAUGACUACCAUGCAAGACAAUGAGUAUAUGAUGCAUACUCUCUCGCUAAAUGUGUUGCAAGUGUCAUAAAAUGCUUACUAAGACAUAGAUACUUUCUCAAACAGAACAGGUGUGCAGGCAUUGCAUUAACUUGUGGUGAGAGGUGUAUGCUUCCUGAUGUCCGUGUCACGUUAAAGGACUUGUCUCGUCCUAGCUGCCGUUUGCAUUUUACUUCAAUUGCUUCAAUAAGUUUCUUAUUUUUACCACUGUUCUGUUUAAGCUCAGUGCUCAGUGCUGCUGUCCUUUUUUGCAUUUACGACUGUGUUUAUAUUUUAAAGUAAAGCAAUCUCAGAACAAGUCAUUUAAUUAUACACCCUCUCUCCACACCACCUCCUCUCCACACCACCCCCGAUCGCCCCUUCCCCUUAUUUAUUAAUUGUUUUUAUGGAUUCUGUGUCACUUUCCUGUAUUUUUUAUCUCUAGUUUAGCCUCUCAAAUUUUCAUUAUUUUAUUGUCCUUUAUAUUGAUGAUAUGUGUGGAAAAUGUUUUUUUACCCUUUUGGAAUGGAGAUCAAAGCUCUUAUUUUUGUUUGUCACCUGUGACGGGCUGAUAUGUGAUGAUCCACUUGCAAUUGUAAGUGAAUUGCCUUAGUGAAUCUUUUAUUUAGUGAAAAUUAAAUAGUCAUAUAAGUCAGUAACUGCUAUUUAUUAAUGUAAAUAGCAUACCGUUUCCCACAUUUGAGCCAAACGUUAAAUCUAAUGAAACUGUUUUUUUAAACGCUGUAUAUUUGUAAGUUAAAAGCAAAAUACUGAUAUUACUAACAAUUAACACAUUGCUGGAUCGACUUUUGCUUCUCGUACCACACUUUUUUCAAGAUUACCUAAACUAGCAAUAAGCAUAUCAUCCAACCAAAUUCUAUCAGCGUCGUGGCUUGCCAUUUAUGUGGUUCUCACUGUUGUUUUGAGAUUUUAAAAAUUUUAUAACUUAAUAAAUUUCACAUAUGUGUUUCUUAUUGUCAGGGUUUCUUUUUGACAUUCCACUAUGGUCAAAACUUGAACUACCUUCUAAGCUUAUCUUUGGUCUCAAUAUCUGUCACUGGUUUAAAAAAUAUUUGUCUAAGCUGACUGUUCCAAUUUUUGGUUGAAGACUUAUGGGCAGAACUGUUUUAAGAGUACCAAUUGUGUUAUCCUGUAGCUUCCACUGAACUGACCUGUGUUUGGCUUACGUUUUCUGCCCCAUGAUCCUUGCCUUAAAUAAGACUUUCUUCUUUCACUACUUGAUAUAUCACUUAUUUUUGCAUGCUCCCUGAAUUUUUUUAUUUUAAUUUCUUAGAGCAUAUUUUGAAGUACGUGCGUGUAUGCUUUGGUGAUGAAAGAUUGUUUAAUACGACUGUGUGAAUGACAUAACUGUUUGAGUGCUUGUUGACAAUGUAUUCUUGCUUUGGCAUCAAAAUGUCAGUGAGAUGACUGCCCUUGUUGCUACAUGUUGGUCUUCUGGUCAAGCUGUGAUUUGAUUCUGUGCGUGGGACCCACUCACAGGCUGGUUUCUGUUGUAAUUUUUUGUAAGUGAUUGGUUCAUGGAGCCAAAGUAAGCAAAGGUUGCUUCACAUCACAGUCUAGAUUUGCCUCCACCUCCCUCACCUGUUAUAUACCACAUAAAUUAGAUAGAUGGCUCUUUUUGUCUUUUUGAAUUGUGUGUGUAUUAAUUAUUGUAGGUUAUGAAGUCUUAUGAAAUAUAGCUAUAAUAACAAAAAAAUUGGACAACAUGAAGAACAUUUAGGAAGACCUGGGCAUUUGAAUCAACAAUAUGAGCAUGUUGGAUUGUUCUCUUUCACACUGGAGACAUAGAUGUGUUGGGUAUUUUAAUCAUCAAAAGGAAAUUUGAUUGUUUUUCAUAUAAUUAAAUGGUUGACAGGUACUGCAGUACUUUUGUCAUCUGGAAGGAAAGGAAAUACUAACAUUAGACUUUAAUAGUUAAGAGGAAGAGUCAACUCCAUUAUAUAGAAGUAAAAAGCUGAAAAAUCAAGGAUAUUCCAGGUCAAAGGAAAUGACAACAGAAAGUUGUUUUUUUAAACAUUUUUUUAACCAGUUGUAAAGCAAAGGCAUGAUAGAAGAAUGAAAAUGAGGAGGAGGAGAGGAAAAUCCAAAUGAAAAUAGAAACAGGACAUCAGUGAUUUGCUAGAAAGUAUAGGGACAGCAGGACAUCUUGAGGAAGACACAGAGAAGAAAGAGUUUCUGUGUUUAAAAAAAAUAAUUGUGAAUUAUGUUCUAAAUUUUGCUCAUAUAUGUCAACAUGAAAUAAUGCACCUUUCCCUGAAGUGAUAUCAUGAGCUUUAUUUUACCCAGUAUGGGUCAGGACCAUAUUGUAAAGUCACAUCUUGAGUAAAUCCCCUGAAUUUUCACCAGCUUCAGUCUGUGACUAGCUUGCUGUUUGUGGCUGCUCAUUUAUCACAGACUUGUUUUUUCCAAGGUGCAGAAGGUUGAGGCAUUCUCCACUCAGGAACCCUCUUGUCCUGUCACUGUGAGAGCCCUAUAAUGGGGCCAGAUAGAUAGUUGUGGUGAGACCUGGUUGGCGAUGAAAGCUGUUUUGCUCCUCUGUUGAGAGUUAUUACAGGCUCAAUGCAGUUGAACAAUGAAAGUGAUUUAUGUAAGAUGCAAGAUCUCUCUUACGGCCUAUGAGUUACAGCUUUGGAAAGUGGUAAGAUGAUAGAACCAUCAAAUUGGAUCUUACAUUUAUGGAACACGGUUUGUGUUUGAUUCUCAUGCAUUUGUUUGUAAGAGCCUCUUUAGAGCUUGAACUGAUUCAUGCAGACUCUGAAACUUGAAAUAUUUUGUUUUCCAAGUACGGUAACAGGUUCUGAAAUUUUAAUUUGCAAUUUUUGCUAAAUUAUUCAUAAUUUAAGAGACAGAAUAUUAUGCCUAGAAUGAUCAAUACAAGUGUACCAUCUACAGUUACUCAGAUUGUCAGAAAUAGAUGGCAAUAUGUAAAUUUAACAUCUAUGAGCAAUAGAUUUUUAUGCAUGUCUUACCAACAUCAUUUUGAAAGGACUAUGUCAUCAAUGGUAUCUUUUUGUGGAUAUCUGUUUACUUACAUUUCUGGAAAUUUCCGUCUUCUAUAUUGGCAUUUUUAUAAUAUGCUGGUCCUACAAAAGUUUGUGUAUCUGAUAUAAAGACUUUCGGCCUUCAUUUUAAUAAUACUUAAUCAUUGUAUUUGGUUGUUUUGGUUUUUUUUCUCCUUUCAUACUUAAUGUGUUUGCUGUAAAAAAGCAAAAAAAAACAUUUAUUACCUUAGGCUACAGGUGAAAAUAUUGUGCCCACCACAAAUCUGGCUUCCGUUCUAACAGCAUUUGCAAUGUAUAUUUAUUAAUGGACUAGAAAUGUUUAGAAUUUUUCUCACACGUUUGAUUUAUUCCUUUUGCAUUUGCUUGUUUUUUGCAGCUGCGAAUGUCAGGAGACUUUUUGUCAAGUUUUUAACUGUAUGUAACUUCACACCUGGGCAUUUCAAAUAUAAUUAUAGAAGUUUUAGAAGUCUCAAAACUUUUCUUCACAUGACCCCACAUGAAGUGCUGACGUUUUACUGGCCCUUUUGACUUACCUAUGAUAAUAUGAAAAGCGUCCUUUUUGUCCAUACUUUAUACUUUAUAUGAUCGACCUAAGUUUGAUGAGGAUUACUUAUAAUGAUACAAGAGCAUCUUGUCCUGAUAGAUUGCUUUUAGAAUGUUUUUUUUAAAAUGUGAUACCCUUCAUGUCUAUAUCACACUUGACUAAAUGAUUUUUAAUUUACACGAAUGAUUAACUGAUUUUUUAAAAAUUAUGUAAUCUUUUUAAAAUACUCUCAUUACUUCUGUAUCUGUCAAGUUUACUUGAACAAAUCACUCAAUGUGGAAUGUAAUUUAUUUUAUUUUGAGUCAUUGCACACCUUGUGAAAUAAUGAUAAUUAUUAUUUAAAUUUAUUUGAAAUUUCCUUUUUUUAAAUUGGACAUAUCUAAAAAUAAAAAAUAAAAAGAUUAAACACUCAAAAGAAUCUCAAAUUUUAGAAUGGUUUCUGUCAAGAAUAAAAGUAAUAGAAGAUAUUUAAGUUCCUCAAACAAUUUUUUAAACUUUUAUUUUGUUUCCAACUUCAUUACUUCCCUGUCUUAAAUGUUUGUUGGAUUUAGGUGAAAAGAGGAAUAAAGUUGUAUUUAGACCUGUUUGUAGACAAAAACUUUUCCAGCGAUUCUGAUCACCUCACAUAAUUUGAUGUUUUGAAUUUGUCAGCUUGUUAUACAUUAUGUGUCCAAGAAUCUCUUUUAAACCAUUCAAAAUCAAAAUCAGAUUUGUGUCGAACUUGUCUCUUUUUAAUUCAGCUUUUAUUUUUAAAAAGUAUUUUGAGUAGUAUUGCAUGGCUGUUAAAGAAGAAUUGGACCUGAAGUAUAGUCUGUAUAGUCCAUGGAAAUGCUUUUUCAAUCUGCUGAAUCAAUAACAACAACAGCAUCUGUUAGAACGACGUUCCACCAUCAGAUUAAUGCUGUAUUCAUAAGCUUUGUGUAAAGGACAUUAAUUUAUUCAUAGGUUUUGUAACUUGUGUGGUUAUUUCAGGUAAAUUAUGAUGUAGUGUAUUGUUUGGUACAGUCGCUUCCCAUAAAAGGUAUAGGUAGUAAGUGAGUGUCAUUGUCUGAGAAUGUUAGAAUUCUUUAGGUGGUACUACUGAGAGUGAGACUUCUAAAUUCCUGCUUGGCUCUGCAGAAGUGUGUGGGAUACUGCAUAUUGUUGUCUUUUACAUGUUACAGGUCUGUCCAAUGUUCUGUGUUUCUGCUGUUCUCUUGUUCAACCUUUGUGUUCUCUCAUAUUCAGGUGUGUAUAUAUAUGUAUGACAUGUCUGUCUUUCUCUUUCAGUAACUGCCUUUUUGUUUAGUCGUUGGUCAACUGAUCUGUUUAGGUUUACCAGAAGGGGUUCCGUUUUCUUUCCUCCUUCUAUAUUUCUGUCUCUUUUGAACUCUUGGUAAAGAGAUGCUUGAACUAUAUUUUAAAAAGCAAUAUAAUGUGCAGAGCAUGUGUCCAAAUAGAUGAGAGAAGCCGUUUUUAGAAGUAAAUUACCCCAUCUUUGCCCUUUCCCGUGAGAUAUGUGCUUUUCUCUUUCAUAAAUCAUUAUUAUAUCUUGAAGAAAUAAAUACUUUAUGGAUUCGUUAUCAUAUAUAGAUUUUCCUGAAAAAGAUCUGAUGGAAUAAACAUGAAAUGUAUUUUGUCUAUUGUCAGUGGGCAGUUACAAAUUCCUGCAUUCUUGUCCUCAGUAGUUCUAGAUGUCUCGUUGGUCCCGGUGUUUGUGAUCCAGUUAUAUUAGUCUCUACAGAUGUACAGAAAUAUAUCAGAAUUACCGAUAUCUUUGAAUAUCUUUUAAUUUAUUGAUGGCCAUGUAGGGUGGUGUUUUGUUUAGAUUGGGUUGUUUUGUUUGCGGUGGGUUUUUGGAUGUAGGACAAUGUUCUAUUGUUAGUAAAGUGAGUGUAUCUAUGCCAUAAGGUUGUAUUGUAGCCAUUCUUGAAAAUUUCUUUAUUUAAAUUUAGAAAUUUUGACUGAUGACGGUUUUCUUUGAUGGCAAUGGUAUAAUUUUAGACCAAUGAGGUAAUGUUAGAAGUGAAGGAAUAGUGUUAAUACACUUGUGUGGGUUUUAUUUUAUUUUACAUUUGUCUGUUAUGAAGACAAGCGUCUUCUUUAUCUCCCUCUCUAGGGGUUUUUUUUUUUAAGAGUUUAAGUCCACGUGCUAUUAUUACCACCGUCCUCAGAGUCACAUGUUGAUGGUUUACUAUGAUGUUCUGCCAUUAUUAUUUUGGGUUAAUAUUUUUAUUUUUUUUUAUUAUCAUUGAGUGCACAAAUGUUUGUAGAUUAGCUUUACUCAAAAGAUCCAAAGUGAAAUAAAUGAAUUUUGAACAGCAAUAGAAAC